UGCACCUUGGACGUUGGGCGUGCAGUGUCGUCGUUAUUUCAACUUCAGGUGGUUGUUGUGAAGAGAGGUGGCUAGCUUCGUCAUCACUUUUUUUUCGAGGGGUUGUUGAUGUUUUGGUGCGAUUUCUUCCGCCCAGUGUUGUUUUCCGUUGGGCCAUCGGUUCGGAAGUGUGACUGCCACCCAUCAAAUGAUAUCGCGGUGACGACGGUUGAAUUUGUGCAUUCGUGACGAUGUCAAUAUCUUGAUCAGCGAGAAAUGUUUUUGAACUUCUGGUUCAAGUGAUAGUGAAUAUGGAUCGAGACUAGUCCCUCAAGUGCUCAAAGAACGCAGAAUUGGUUCCAGGUGUAUCGUUCAUUACAUUAAACUUUAGCGUGGGGUCAUUUUUAUGCAUGUUCUGCUAGCAACGCUACAUACGGAAUUGUAUACCUCAUCAAAAACUAGAUAUUUUUCCACAUCGUAAAAACAAGAUUUCAACCACAUUCUUCAGUCGUUGGUUGCUGCUGCUAGAACCGGCGCGGAACGAUCUUCAGCGAGAGCGUCUGUAUAGAUCACCGCGCGCAGUAGGCUGGCACGAUUCGAAAGAUCAACAGGCAGCAUUGUGGAGUGGUGCUACCAUGGUGAGGUGGCAAUAUUAUUCACAGCAUCGCAGUGCCGCAGUUUGCUGAGACUGGGAAGGACGGAUGUAAGCAGUUUGAAAAUGUGAGCGCACGCAAUUAGGCGUGGAACGGUUCUCUUCAUCCCGGGUACCUUCACCUGAACGUGCAAGUGUGAAUGGGUCUCUGCAGGAAGUGGCUAUAACUGAAUUGUUCAUCUUUCUCCGGUGAUGGGUCGAAGAAUUUCAAAAAGCCGGAAGAAUAACAAGUAUAGUGUGGUGUCCUAAAAAGGUGGAAAUCCGUCACAAUUAUAACGAGCGUGAAGCAAGUGAUUUGGGGUUUCUUCAUCCAACGAAGUUGUUGGUAAUGUAUGUAGGUGUGCUUAAGUGAAGUGAAACGAGUUUUGCGUCGUUGUAAAUGAAUCUGAGAAAACGUAGAAAACCAAAUGUGUUAAGGUGUUCCAGAUGUGCUCAUUAGUGAAGAUGCAAGCCGUAGUUGGAGCAGCAUUAAUAUUACUAACAAAACGAGAUCAGCAGUGGAUGCAGCAGCUUCAGUACUUCAAAUUCCGUUAUAGUGAAAAUGUAAUCCACUGGGAACUGGACCACGUUAAAUGCUGAAACACAUACACUCGGGCCCCGUGUCUGGUCAAAACAGAUCUGCACGGGGUCUCAGCCGGGCGGCUCAACCGUUGAAUGUGUCGACAGUGUCGGCCACUUCGGUAACGCCGUCCUCGACGAAGCACAUGAAUGGGGGCCCGCCUAGACUGUUGUCAUCAUUCAUAACUCCGUUGCCGUCGGUUUCGUCGAACAGCAACAACCUCAAUGCAACCAACAAUAACAACUCAACAACGAACAACAACAUCCUAAGUAGUACCACUGUAAAUAUUAAUAAGGAUCGGUUAGGCGCCCGGGAAGCUUUAACGAGCUUAGGGUUAUUAUGUCUAGUGUCUCUUCUGUUAGCUUUAUUAUCGUUAAUAUUUUUGUUGAAAAUAUCUCCGGGUGGACGAGAGCCGCCACCACCGACGGUUGGACCGGCUGUUUUGGAGGACUACGCGAUCGUUUACGACGUGACGCUGGCGCUGUGUGCCCUUUCGCUGUCGCUGAACCUGUGCUGCUUGUUGGUUUGUGCCAUCCAGUUUCUGUUUGCUGUUAAAUUAGUUCGUGCACCUGCAACUACCGGAAGGGGAAACAAAUAUUUACAAAAAUCCAGUGUCAGCAGAGUAUGCGCGGUUGGUGGAUUUUUUAUCUCGAUUCCUAUUUUUUUAACUGGGAUCAUUCUGUACACUUUUACGCAAUUCCACUCCACACCGGCAAUAGUGACGAGCAUACUGAUUGGCGUUGGUAUCGUGUUCUGUGGGGGAGCCAUGGUCCACAAUGUGUUUGUUUGGCAAAGGGAGAAAACCAUCAGCGUUCGACAGUCUCCGCUGAACCUAAAUUUGACACUUUCGCCGCAGAUUAGCACGAUAUCGCACCCGGCGCAGUACCUUAAUCAAAACGGGCACGCGACCCACAUGGCGCUCAAUCACAGUCACGCCAACCACAAUCACACCCCUGUGACCCAACAGUUGACCCCAGUGACACCGCUCUCGGGAAACCAUUCCCACAUCAGCUUCAAUCAUUCGGCCUACCUGCCAUCGUACGGUGGCAUGCGGGCAGCAACCGCGACACCGCCGACCCCCAAGGUCAACGCUUUGCUGUGUAGGGAUGCGACCGGGUCCGUUAGCCCGGGGAUGCCGACCAGCAUGAAUGCGGCCACACUCGAUUUAAGCAACGUAACUGCCACGAACUCGCCACACGAGCUAUCAACGCUCGUGUGAGACUGACGUCGCAUUUGUGAUUUUAGGAUUUUUUGUUUUAUACAAUAUCAAAUGACAAGGAGAAUGAUUUAUCGAAAUGAUUGAAAAAUGUCGAUGAAAAUGUUGGAAAAGCAUCAUUUGAAUAUGAUACUUUCGGAAACAUUUGGACCAAGUGUUUUCCAAUAGAUCAGUUCCUUAAAAUACAAAUUUUGUUGUUUUGAGUAACGAAAUGUCCAUAGAUAAACGUAAAAAUAAACCAAUACAAAAUGUUUCACACGGCAUACAUUUGUCAAACUCAGCGGUAAGAAUACCGAUAAACGUAAUGUACAAAGUACCCUCGUAAGGACGUCGAUAGUGAUAUCAUUUAAGUGUGUACAGCUCGAUGUGUAAAGACAUUUUAAAAUAGCUAUUUAUUUAUCAUUGCAAGAAUGUUCUCUGUUCUAUACGCUCGCGAUAAAUUUUUAAUAAUGGUGAGUCGAUCCUGCUCACAGUUUUAGCUACGCAAUAUUUGGUACUAAUGUCAACAGAAUGUGAAUCCAAAUUUCAAAUUGCUGAAAUAAACGUUAAUUUUUUAUUUUUUAAAAU